GGCGUGAGUACUGUCUCUUUAAAGACAGUGAGUUAGCUGAUGACCUUUGAUCAUUUUUUUUGUUCUCCUACAACCACCCUGAAGCUUCUGUUUGUUCAGUCACUGAGUUUAAUGGGUUCUUUCUGUUCCUAUUCCAAGGAGGAGAUAGUUCACUCUGUGGCCUCCAGCCCCAGCCCAGUUAAAGAUACAACUUACACAUUCUCAAAAUCAGGUUACAUUUUAUCUCAGAUCUUUUAACUAAUGCCUCUUUGUUCUCCACAGUCAGAAAUCAGCAGAGCUGAGAGCAACUCCUUCUGAAAAGGUGAUGGCAGAGGACAAACCAUGGGUACUGAUCUCUGAGGUGGGAGGCGAGGGUUUUCAUGAGGACGUUGUCGACAUCUUGAAACAGCACUUCCACCUCAUCUGCCUCAAGGAAUUUUUAAAAAACCCGGUCCUGCAUGGCCCUAAAAUCCAAGCCAUGCUUAUGUGGAACUGCAGUCCUGCACCCGAGCCUUCCCUGCUGAGCUGCCUGCCUUCGCUGAAGGUGGUCGCCAACGGAGGAGUGGGCAUCGACCACCUGGAUGUGCCGUACAUCAACAGCCUCGGUGUGAAGGUCGCCAACACUCCUGGUGUGGUGAGCGAUGCCACUGCAGAUAUGGCCAUGGCUCUCCUUCUGGCUUCAGCACGGAUGAUUGUGGAGGGUCACCUGAUAUCAGUUGAUUCUAAGACCACCCAAGUACCACAAAGCCUUAUGGGAGUUGAAGUCACAGGGUCGACUCUGGGGAUCAUUGGAAUGGGACACAUUGGGUACAAAGUUGCGCAGAGAAGCAAAGGUUUCAACAUGAGGAUCCUUUACCACAACAGAAACAGAAGGAGUGUUGAAGAUGAGCAGGCAGUCGGGGCAAGUUACUGUGAGAAACUGGAUGACCUGCUGAAUGAGUCCGACUUUGUCGUGCUGGUGGUGAACCUGACCCCCGAGACCACUGGCCUUAUAAGCCACAGAGAGCUGUCACUCAUGAAACCCACAGCAACACUCAUAAAUGUCAGCAGAGGUCUGGUUGUGGAUCAGGACGCUCUUGUCAAAGCUCUGAAGUCUGGAACGAUCCGAGCUGCAGCUUUAGAUGUGACUCACCCUGAACCUUUACCCAGGGAUCAUCCGCUCCUCAGCCUCCCGAAUGUGCUGAUAACACCCCACACUGGGACCAACACUCAUGCAACGAUAAGAAAGAUGGUGCACCUGAUGGUAGACAACGCUUUAGCAGCAGUAAAAGGGUUACCUCUUCCUAAUGAAGUUAAAACAAAAUAACUUUCUCUUCUGGCAACAGGAUGAAGGAAGUAUUGUUUUUCUUUCCUCUUCACUUGCAACUUUCACACGUUGACAUCGAUUCUUGGACGUUUUGAGCUGCAACCACUUCAACAUCCUGUCAGUUUAAGCCCUGUAGAUACCCUGGAAGACAUUUAUGGGUAGCAAGCAUUACUACUCUUAUACUUAACUUAGUUAACUUAGUAACUUGUGCUCCAUAAAGCAGGCACAGUAAUUCUACUGUAUUUUCUUUUAUAGUCUUUUAAUCAUUAACUUUAAUGUCAAACAACAUCAAAGGUCUUCAUUUUACUAUUUCAAUGCAUAGCAUUUCCCUUGCAAUGUGAUUUAAGUGAGUGCACAUUGGUGUUCCAGGUUUUGUUGAAUUACCGGUAAUACUAUCAUUAAAUCUAUACUUUUC